GGUUGUUUCAGCUGGGAUAGGAGGUAGUGCACGCGCCUGAUAACAGAGUACUGUACACUGCAAUAGCGGUGAAAUUAUGUAUUAUGAGACCCACAGGAUUUGCAUGCUGUGAGGUUACUGAAAACGGAGUAUCUGCUCGAGAAGCGUGACGGCGCGUGCAGGUGGCACACACACGUAGCGCGCGGCGCUCACGCGCCUUCGGCAGGGAAUCCCGCGCAGGCCAUGAGCGGGUGCAUGACAGGGUUGCUGGUUGCCUGCUGGGCACUGCAGUGGCAGUUGGCUGGCACAUGGGGACAGCAGAGCACCACCAGGCACGUGUUCUAUGCAGUUGAGAUGGAGGGAGGCAUCAUGGCAGCCAGAGCGCUGGCCCAAAGGCACCAGCUGCACUUCAUCUCCCGGAUGGGAAACCUGAAGGGCCACUACACCCUGCUUGACCGUCUGGGAGGGGCCAGGAUGGGGACCCUUGAAACGCAGAUGUCCAUCAGGCCAGGGGUGAAGUGGGUCCAGAGGCAAGAGGCUCGCUACCGAGACAAACGGGCCUCCCUCCAUGGGCUGGAUCGCAGCACUCGUGUACAGGGUGAGUGGGCAGAAAUUCCCCGGGAGGUCUAUGACACCAUUGAGUCUGAGACUGGUCUGGUGGAUUCGCUGAAGUUUGAUGACCCAUACUGGCCCUUGCAGUGGGAACUGUUUAACCAGGGCCAGUUCAGUAGCCCAAAGCGGUUUGACCUGAACAUCAUGCCAGUGUGGCAAAAGGGCAUCACUGGGCAGGGUGUGGUGGUGACCAUCAUCGAUGACGGGGUUGAUCACACUAAUGAGGAUCUCAGAAAAAACUUUGAGGCUUUUGCCAGCUUUGACCUGCGCGGUGCUCAUGGGCUGUCCCAUGAUCCCAUGCCUCUGCGAGACGCAGACAAUGGUCAUGGGACAAGGUGCGCAGGAGAGGUAGCAAUGGAGGCCAACAACUCUUUCUGCGGAGUAGGUAUUGCCUUUAAUGCAAGAAUCGGUGGCAUCCGCUUGCUGGAUGGCACAGUGACAGACUCCAUGGAGGCCACAGCACUCUCCUACAAUAACCACUUCAUCGACAUCUACACCUGCUGUUGGGGUCCGAAGGAUGAUGGAAUGGAGAUGGCAGGUCCCGGCCCACUAUCAGAGAAGGCCCUUCGGCUCGGAGCCCAGAAGGGACGUGAUGGCAAGGGAAACAUCUUUGUGUGGGCCUCAGGGAAUGGUGGCAUGGUGGGUGACCACUGUGGCGCAGAUGGAUAUGUCAACAGUAUCUACAGUGUAGCCAUUGGGGCACUCAUGCACACGGGGCUACCAGCAUUCUUUGGGGAGGCGUGCCCAGCUGUGAUGGCUGUUACCCUGACUGGAGCUGGAAGCCGAGAGAAUCUUCCACUGGUGACGGCUUCAAAUUUGGACAAUGGCUGCGUGACACAUUUUACUGGGACAUCCAGUGCUGCACCCAUUGCUGCAGGUGUCUUUGCCCUUGUCUUGGAGGCCAACCCUGAUCUAACUUGGAGAGACAUCCAGCAUUUAAUAACUAAAACAGCCCAGAUACCCAACCCCAUGGAGCCUGGCUGGUCUAUGAAUGCUGCUGGAUACCACAUCCAUGAUAGGUAUGGCUUUGGACUCCUAGAUGCAGGACUCAUGGUCCAGCAGGCUCUGUACUUCAAAAGUGUCCCCCCUCAGAGGAACUGCUCACAGGAAGUCACCCUGGACCCUGUCAGGAUCCUGUCUCCACAGGGCUCAGUCAUUGUUGCAGUCCACUCAGAUGGCUGUGGUGGGACAGACAAAGCCAUCAACACUCUGGAACAUGUACAGGUCAGGGCAAGCAUAACCAGUGUGUGCCGUGGUGACCUGUCAGUGGCGCUUGUCACCCCAUCUGGCACCCGGUCCCAGCUGCUGGGUACACGCCGCAAUGAUGCCUCCCCUGCUGGCCUGAAGAACUGGACCUUGAUGACUGUCCAGUUCUGGGGCGAAGAUCCCUAUGGCACUUGGACACUUGAGGUGAAGGACAACAAAGGAACAGUGUCACACUGUGCACGAAGUGUGUUAGAGGAAGCAUCUGGCACUGUGCUCAGCUUCACCUUCAUCCUGUAUGGCACAUUUGACCCCAGAAAGCCUCUCCGUCGUUAUGACAGCCCCCAGAGGGGUGGGUUCAUAAAGGAGAGGAGCCAGACCCCCAUUGCUGGCAGGUGGCCGAAAACAUGGGUGUCUCCGCAGAGCUCCACCUCCCUUCAGGGCCUCAUACAGAAGAUGUUUGUGCUGGAGCACCUCAACAAGAUUGAUGUUAAUGACAUACCAACCCCACGCCAGAGGAAGAAUUUAAAACUCACGUUUCGUCCGACCGAUUCCUUCAAGCCUCAGGAUAUGGAUGACACCAAUGGGGGGGCAUUUAGGUCUCACCUGAAAAUGCUGUGGAACACACUCAGGGACAAUGUCCAAGCCAAUUGGCUUCUUUACAACUCAAAGAAACCAAAGCAAUCUCCUCAGCUCCGUUGGGUUGAUGUGGCCUUGAGGCAGUUCCUGGCAGCUGAUCCAGCUGUCAGUGUGCGGUCUGCAGAGGGGACUGUACUGAAGAAGCGUGAAUUCGGUUGGGACGAUGGCAGUUUAACACCUCUGUCAGCCAGCAGAAAAGAGCUUCUCCGUGCCGUCGCUGCCAGUGUCCGGGACAUGGAGAACCUGAGGACAAUGCUGGACCUGAGGGGAGGAUACUCCACCUUAACGCACAACUCAGUGAAUGAUAACAGGGGCCCUGCUAACUGAUUGUUCCAUGUGUCACCAUCGUCUGAUUACCUCUAGGAUGCCUGUUAUUCUACGUAAUGUUAUUUGUGUACAUCUAUAUAUGUAUACAAUUAUAUACAUGUGGACUAUAAUGAAAAACUCCUUUUUUUCAGAUUUUAUUCACCUUCACUGAGCCCAGCACACACUAUUUGUCCUUCAAAAUAAACUACUUUCACUUUGGUUAAACAUUAAAACUUAACAUGUGGAAACACAUUUACCAACAUUUCAGUGUUCUUAAUCAUGUGACUGAGCUGUGUGU